UCUCUCUCUCCUCUCGCUCUUUCUUUCUCUUGGCCGAGCGGAGCAGCAGGGGCGGGCUGGCACGGCGGGGCGGCGCGGAGGGGAGAGGGAAGGGCGGCGCCGGGCAAGGAAGGGGAGGAAGGUGGGGGCGGCGGCGGCGGUGGAGGCCCUCGCGGCCGGCUCGACCUGGGGCCGAGCAUCCCGCAUUGCAAUAAGCAGACAACUGGACUAGUCCAAAGAGUUGUACAUGAGCUUUUUCAAUCUCUACAAUCAUCAGAAAGCAUCGCUAUGUGGAGUGUGAAGUUGCCGAUGGUGGAGUAUCUGGAAUAAGUAAGGUCAGUGUUUGUCAUGGGCAUUGGGCUGGAAGGCAGAGACCCAUAGGCAGCCCAUAUCAAUUAAGUUAGGACAGCAUUAUUUGUUAAGUUGAAGAUAAGAUUAGAUUGAGUUAGAGAUAAGAUUAGAUUGAAUCCUUACUUAGGGGUCAAGCUAUGCCAUCUAUAUAAGGAUGGGAUUGUGUCUAUUAUCAUCAAGUAAUGAAUAUCAAUUAGUCUAACCUCUCCAUCCCAAUAAUGUUCUUCUCCGUAGCCUAGAUCUACAUCCCUUCUCCAAGAGCCGACGCCACCUGGCUAUCUUCCCGGCAGUGUUUAUCCUGUCAUGGCCUCGGGUCAUGACAACUUGGUAUCAGAGCCACUCACCAUAGCUUCUGAUGCCGAGUGAGUUCUCCGUGUCACGGUGAGUCAUCUAUUGUACCCGGUGGAUGAGUAUCUACUCCACCAAUUGUUUGAUGGCUAUGGAGUAGAAAAGAAGAUUGAAGUGCACCAGAUGGGAACAUAUGUGGAAGCCUCUGUUCCGUUUCAAACUCGAGCAGCCGCUGAGCAUGCUUGGAACCUCAACGGCCGUGCCAUCUAUGAUGGUUGUUGGUUGGACAUACAGUGGGAGCAACCGUCCAACAACUCCACGACACCGGUGACAUCUCUCUCCAUGAUCAUCACGGAGUGGAAGGAAGACAUCAAGGAGUUGAGGGCUGUCCUGCAGGACUUGGUAGCAUUUUUGCAGGAGGAGCUGGCAAAAGAAAAGGAAGAAGGGCGGCAAUGGGACUAACGGUGACGCCGGCGCUUGAUAUGCCAUCAAUUCAGUCAAUCCGUCCAGUGGCCUCCAUGUCGUCACAACUUCAAGAUCUCCAAGCGAGCAGAUCUGCGUCACAGGCCAUGCCAAGGCGGCCAUCGACCUCUUGGAGUUGGACUUGGCAACGGCGUCAUCGUCGGCAAGGUGGAGUGAUGGAGGCGAGCAGAGCCGUUGUUGUGGGCCCACGAGGACGACGAAUGAUGGACGAACUAUUUCCGCGAGCUCUAGAUGCGGCAGCGGCGGCGCUGAUCUUGGAGGUGGCAGUUGGUGGGUUGGAUGGGCGGCACGUCUUGCUGGGCGAGAAAGAAACACAUCAACGCCAUUCUUUUCACACAGUAGGUUCGCGUCCUCAUUGUUUGGAGGCGCUACGGACGAGAGAAGCUGACGAUAGGGUUUUUUCUCUGCUUCUAAUGGGCCGACAACUAUUCAUUUGGGUCGAUCAAGUGGAGUGGCCUUCCAGUGCCGCAACUCAUGGCUUGGCUGUUGGGUUGGCCAGGUAGACCUCGGCUGCAGACUAACGGGCCCAUCUUGGAUGUGAGACCUUGGCCCAUCUACAACAUCCAAGAUAUCAUGUGAGAUAAGUAGUAUUAAAUUUAAAUAUAGAAAAGUGGUGUUUGUUUUGAAAGAGUAGUGUCUAGUACUAGUUUCUUGAUGAUGUGGAGUUUAUGUAAACUAUGUCUAGUGUCUUGGGUUGGGACUAGCCGUAGAAUUUAUAUGGAGUUGCAUUGGUUCCAGGCUUGUGGCACGGCAUGGCCUCGUCCUUUCUUUACGAGACGUAGGACGGGAUCCACCUCCUGCUAGUAGAACAUAUUUUUUCGUAUUGGCUUUAUCUUCUAUUCCAAUUAAUCUAAUAAGUCGAGAUGUAAAAAGCUUAUGUUAUCUUAGAUUGGAGUCAUUUGAGUUUAGAAGUCCGUGUUGCAGCUCGAGGACGAGCUGCUCAAAAGGAGGGGUAUAAUGUCAUUGGCAUUGGGCCGGAAGGAAGAGGCCCAUAUGCAGCCCAUAUCAAUUAAGUUAGAUAUAAGAUUAGAUUGAGUUAGAGAUAAGAUUAGAUUGAAUCCUUACUUAGGGGUCAAGCUAUGUCAUCUAUAUAAGGAUGAGAUUGUGUCUAUUAUCAUCAAGCAAUGAAUAUCAAUUAGUCUAACCUCUCCCUUCCAAUAAUGUUCUUCUCCCUAGACUAGAUCUACAUCCCUUCUCUAGGAGCCGACGCCGCCAGGCUAUCUUCCUGGCGGUGUUUAUCCCGUCAUGGCCUCUAGUCAUGACAGUGUUGUUGAGAAUAUUUUCUUAUGCUUUCUCUGUACAGAUUCGAAUGUUAGAGAGUAUCAAACUUUAUUUCAUUGUAUCUCAGGGACCUUCUUGACUUGUCCAAAGACAACCUAUAGAUCAAGGAGAGUAAAACUCAAGGGAUCUACAUUUCUAGAGCAACAGAAGUAAGAAAAAAGUGCUUAAGAUAUGUCCUUGUGUUUUCAAUUUGACAUAGGAAAUUUGCACCUAGGAAUUUAGACUUAGGACAUAUAUAUGCAAAUGUUUUCAAUUUAGACUUGGGAAAUUUAGACUUAGGAAUUUCUGUCUUAGGAUAUAUUUGCAAAUGUUUAGGAUUUAGACUUAGAAGGUUUUGAACUUAGGAUUUUUAGACUUAGGUAUAUAUAUUUGUAAAUGUGAAUGAUUUGGCUAUGAAUAUGAAUGUGCCUAUAUGCAAAUGUGAUGUGAAUGUGAAUGUGGCUCUUUGUUGGUGAAUGCA